AAGAGUGUGUCUCUGUUUGCCUUUUUGUAUAGGAAAAAAUUGAAAAGCACUUCUAAAUAUAUUUAUCAGACUCUGUUUUUGAAUGGGGAGAACAGUGAUAUCAAAAUUUGUGCUCUGGGAGAGGAGUGGAACUUGCAUAAGAUAUAUUUGUGUCAGUCAGGCUACUUUUCCAGUAUGUUCAGUGGAUCUUGGAAAGAGUCUAACAUGAACAUCAUAGAGCUGGAGAUUCCUGACCAAAAUAUUGAUAUAGAAGCUCUACAGGUGGCUUUUGGCUCGCUGUAUAGAGACGAUGUGUUAAUAAAACCCAGUCGAGUAGUUGCACUUUUAGCAGCAGCCUGCAUGCUGCAGCUUGAUGGCUUAAUCCAGCAAUGUGGUGAAACAAUGAAGGAAACCAUUAAUGCAAAAACUGUGUGUGGUUAUUAUAAUUCAGCGGGGACAUACGGGUUAGACUCCGUGAAGAAAAAGUGCCUUGAAUGGCUCUUGAAUAACCUGAUGACUCACCAGAGUGUUGAACUCUUCAAAGAACUCAGCAUAAACCUCAUGAAACAGCUGAUCAGCUCUUCUAACCUAUUUGUAAUGCAAGUGGAAAUGGAUGUGUACACUGCUCUCAAAAAGUGGAUGUUCCUUCAGCUAGUGCCUUCUUGGAAUGGGUCUUUGAAACAACUCCUAACUGAAGCUGAUGCCUGGUUUGCCAAGCGUAGGAAAGAUUUUGAGAAUGACAUUGCAUUCCUGGAAUCGGAACAGGGGAAUGCGUUCCUGUCGGUGUUCACACACUUGAGGUUACAGUACAUCAUCAGUGACUUGGCAUCAGCCAGAAUUAUUGAGAGAGAUUCCCUAAUACCCUCAGAAUGGCUGUCCUCUGUUUACAAACAGCAGUGGUUUGCCAUGCUCAGAGCAGAACAAGACAAUGAUAUUGGGCCUCAAGAAAUAAAUAAAGAGGAACUGGAAGGAAACAGCAUGAGGUGUGGUCGAAAACUUGCAAAGGACGGUGAUUACUGCUGGCGGUGGACUGGGUUCAACUUUGGCUUUGACCUUCUUGUUACUUACACAAAUCGGUACAUCAUUUUCAAACGGAAUACGCUGAAUCAGCCAUGCAGUGGAUCAGUCAGUCUGCAGCCUCGGAGAAACAUAGCCUUCAGGUUACGUCUGGCCUCCUUUGACAGCAGUGGGAAAAUUAUUUGCAGUCGAACGACGGGAUAUCAGAUCCUGACCCUUGAGAAGGACCAGGAGCAGGUGGUAAUGAACUUGGACAGUAGAUUCCUGAUCUUCCCACUCUAUAUCUGCUGUAACUUCUUGUACACAUCGCCGGAGAAGAAGGCUGAGAGUGAGGCACUGCUGGACAACUCAGAAAGCUGAGGCCCCUUCCGUGGGAUGUAGCAGCGCUCCUGUAACUCCGUCUGCCUGCUUUAACUUAAACGCCCUGCUGACGCACAGAGCUUUGACAGGAGCAAAGGCCUUACACUGUAGCACAUACAUACGGCCUUAGUGUACUUCUAUGCAUAUCUGAAGAGAAGAUCAGAAAUUAUAUAGGCCAAAACUAGUUAUCCCAUAUUUCUUCAUUUCUGUUCUGCAUCUUCAGACAGUAGCCAUUCCGUCUUUCGAGAAAUGUUACCUUUUUUUUUUUUUUUCCUGGGCAAAAACUGAGCCAAAUUUGAAAUAGGGAAUUUGUGUGAACAUCUUACAAGCUUACCUGUCAUAUUCCGAGCACACAGUGUAGGACGUGUGAAUUUUUUUAGUGUGUGGUUUUUGGGGUUUUUUUUAACUGAUCUGUAAAUACCAGAUCAAUAGUGUGCUUUCUUUUGUGGCCCUUUUCCCCCAGGGCCAAAUACAUCUGUGUAAAUUUUGCCUGUCAACUUCUGUUAGUUAUUUAACUGUACAGACUUUCAAACCUGCUUGGUUCUAAGCCUUCAUUGCGUCUCAUGUACACACAUUUCUUUCUUGUUCUUGGGCUUUUUUUAACGUUGCCACAAAUAUUUCUCUUUUUUUAGCAAGUGAAUUUUGCUAAUAAGGAUGCUCAUAAGUGAAUUCUUUUUUUCCAUGUACUCAAAAUGCUCUCAUGUACUCAUUUGAGUCUGUUAUACAGCAGCAGCUUUCAGUUAGGAUUCUACUGAGUGCUCACUAUACUCACACGAACCAAAUACCAGUUUUUAAACAUUGUCUUUUUGUGACUUGUUUUAACUGUUACAUUGGGAAUAUAUCCCGUAUUAGCUCAGGAACUUGUGACCUUUGAGUGCCUUUUGAGUUGUAUGUGUUAACACAAACUUCACAUCAGUUAAGCAAGGUCACAGGAUCCAAAGUAAGAGCUGGGAACAACAGAUUCCGUUUCAGUUGGUUUGACGAAUGAGUCAAGCGUAAGAGGUUCCCCAUACUCGUUCUUUGUAUGUGUUGGGUUUUAUGUUUGUCUAUUGCAAUUUUGAAUUCUUACAGCAAGAUUUUUGGAUUCAAAGUGGGAAUUUUGCCUCUUUAGUAGCCUAUUUUUUUAAUGUUGUCAGAAAAGUAUAAAACCAUUUGUACUUUAUAACAAGGAUAAAAUUAUGUUAGGCAAGAUGGAAAGAUGUGGCAAGUUGU